CGGAGUCAGUUUGAGUCGUCACGUCGAUGCAGUCAGUUCGCUGUCGCUUCGCUGCAUUCCACCACCUUGGGCGGGCUUGCGCGCGCGCCUCUAUGUAGAAAAACGUGCGGUCGUGCGGAAAACAAUCUGUUGAUUCGCUUUUCAUAGUUUCGUUUGACGAGGUGAAGGAUUUUCCACUUUUUUUCUCUCUACCGUCACCGUUACAAUCCGCCGAGCUCGCGAACAUCGCCUCGGACAGCUGUGCGAACGAAUGUUUUGCCGUGUUUUGUUUGUACCGUGAUAUUGAUUAAACAUGACUGGCGCUUCGGGGCUGCAGCCGCGCAUACCACAAACGUGACGACGACGUCGUCAUCAUCAUACAGGCGUUCGUCGGACGGUUUGUGGCGACACGGUGGGCUGCUGCUGUUGCUGCUGUGAGCCAAGUGAGUUGGAUUGAUUGAAAAAAGGGGAAUCGCAUUGCCGACGCGCAUGAAGGUGUCACACAACCAGUCUACGCCUCGACGUCGCACCCAUGAAAGCUGCGGCUGAAUCAAACAGUGCCUAUUCUACCGUCGUCAGUAUUGUGCGAUUAGGAGCAAAAGUGUGCCUUAGUGAUCACUGAUCAUCCAGCAUAGGAAAGUGUUUUAAGUGCAAUUCAAAUUUAGCUACGAAAUGCAACGAGUUAAUUAGAAGAAGAUCUCGAAUCAAACCGCCGAAAGUCGAAACGAAACGAAGAAACGAAUCGUAAUGAUGAAUCGAAAGUCCACAGAAAGUGAUAUAAAUUUCAAUUCGAAACGACCGAGUGUCGAUCGGGGCAGCGUGGGAAUGCGGCUCUGUUGGAAGAAUCGGUGGAAGCCCAAAUGGCACUCGGUGAUGGUGUUUUUAGUGCUUAGUAGUUCGAUGGUGACAGUGAGUCGGUGCCAAGAAUUUGGCGAAAGUGCUUUCAAUCAUCCGGAUCGUGACUUCGAGCACGUUGCGGUGGAAAACAGGGAAAUUAUUACCAACCAUAUACCCACAAGUGAUCAUGGCGCGGGUGGAGGUGGCGCCGGCGGUGUUGACGAUGAGUCACGUUAUCAGUUUGAUAGUGUUGCGGGGUCUGAGGGGGAAGUGCAUUAUACGGAGAUUUCCGGUGAUGUGGUGCUCGGGGAGAAGCACCUAAGAGCGGCGGAGAGUCCGUAUUCACUGCGGACGGAUCUGGAGGUCGAGCGGAAAGCGCGGUUGAUCAUCGAGCCGGGAGUAACAAUUUAUGUUGCGCCUAUGGUCGGUAUCACCGUUCGAGGCUCCCUGGUGGCAUUGGGUACAUCGGAAAAUAAAAUAACGUUCACAUCGUUACCCAACUCCGGCUACAAGGACAUCGAAUCGGAUCCUCGAGACGUUGGUGCUCGAUUGGUAGAUGGUCCCAACCCGCUGGCGGGAAGACUACAACUACUGAAUCAAGGAAAAUGGCGAUCGGUGUGCAGCAACUCGAAGAACUGGACUAUCGCGGACUACGAAACCACCUGUCGACAGAUGGGUUACAAAGGAGGUCGCUUCUGGAACUGGAUGGACCGUUUGCAGAACUACGAACCACGGUUGCUGUACGAAGACCCUAAAUGUGGGGGAACGGAAGCGUCGCUGUUCGACUGUUCCUGGGGAACCCGGCAGAUUGGAUCCGGCGUGUGUGAUUACCACAGCGAUAUCGGGGUCCAGUGUUUGCCGUUGUUCGACCAGGUGACGCCCCAUUGGCGAGGUAUUCGGUUCGAGUACGCGGAAAGUAAGGAAAAGCUAGCGCACAACCACAUUCUGUACGAUUUCAUUUCGCUGUCGGAGCUGAGGAACGUUGACAUCGUACGAGCUGGUACUGGACGAGGAGGAAGUGCCGAAGCUGCUAUUUCAGUGUUGGGGAUCCCGCCUAUUUUAGAUCAUGUCUUAGUUGAUCAUUCGUCGUACACCGGAAUCAACGUCACGAAGCACGACGCAGCGUUCAUGUUCAAGGACGUAACCGUACGGAGAAGUCGAGGUUUCGGGAUAUUUGUCAACUCCAGCUAUGGAUCCACGCUGCUGGACAGUGUGACUGUGAGUGAAAAUGGUGCCGAUGGAAUCCGCUACGUUGGUCAUGAUCUCCGUGCCGACGAACGUACCGAUCGCAGUAAGGUGUUCGACUUUUGUACUCUCACAACUACAGCUUGGCAGAUAUACCCACUGCAACUUUCCUUUGAGCAAUCACCUUUCGCCUUAUCGCAAAAGCAAUGCGCUCAAUCACUUACGACUGGUUACGGGUACGUCCUCACGUUCCACUUCGUUUACUUUGAGAUGGCUCGCAACGAAAGUGCCGUCGUUCAAAUCUACGAUGGAAUGUCAGAAAAUGAUCGAUUACUGGCGUCAUGGAACAUACGAAACUCAACCCGACCUCAGAGUGUGACCACAACCCGAGAGAAAAUGCACAUAAAACUCCGUGCGGAUCCCAGGAGUCGUGUUUUGGCACAUUUCCGGAUCACCGCCGGGGUCACGAAAGCGUACGAUCUUAACGUGACGCAGGCAACGAUCGUUGACAAUGGAGGUCGCGGCAUAGCCAUCGACAAUCUGCGAUCGCAGGUACACGUGCACGCAUCAACGAUUUCGAACAAUAAGCAUGCCGCAGGUUUGCACGUUACUAGCGGUGCAGGUGAUGUCAACGUAACCGAUUCAAAGAUUAGCUUCAACGUUGGUGAUGGGAUCAACAUAACCUACUACGGAGGAAAUCGGAACAUUUCACGCAGCUCGUUGAGCUCCAAUAAAGGUUACGGUUUUGCAGUCUGGCUGAAUCAGACCACGAAAGAUCGCCAGGAGUUUUUAGAGUUCAAUCAAACGACAACCAUCGAAUAUGCUAAUAUCAUUAAGAAUAUGGAAAUCGGUAUUCUUCACGGGAACUACUGCGGUGAUUCGUGGGUGAACAUCACCGGAAACUGGUUCAACGACAGUACGCACAAUGCAAUCGACAUACAAUCGUGUUGGUUCGAGACAAUAGAGAAUCGGAAACUAAGACUGCAAAUCGGACACAACAAUUUCGAGCAUUCAAAUAAGAUCGGGAUCAUUAUAAGCCCCAUUCUCAACAUUGAUGGCAAAAUCGAGUACAAUCAAUUUCUGAAGGGCAGAUACGGAGCUUUGUUGACCCGUAACAAGCCCUGGGAAGAAUUCCGCCAUCUCCCAGUUAGACUGAUAGUUCAACACAACUACUUCAUGUACAACAGAGGUAUCUACGUUGCUUCCCUCGGGUUAUCACCAAACACCGAUAACAAAACGCAAUGGUUGCUGUUUACCCGGAACUUUGUAAAAAAUAACAAAAUCAAGGAAGCUUUCGGACCGAUGGAAGAUGAAGGCGAAGGCUUCGGUGGUGAAGGACGGUUGAAUCCUCGAUCGCGAGUGGCUGCCCCAGUCGUCAUCUCAUCAAACAACGUAGAUGUAUUCCGCAACAUAAUUUCGAACUACGAAUCGAAUUAUGAAGUUGGUUCACAGCUGUCCGAUCAGAGCAAGGCCUUGAACGUCACAUAUAACUGGUUAGGAUAUCAGGAAGAGGAGAGAAUCUACGAGCGGUUGUUCCAUCGCAAGGAUCGCUACGACCUCGCUAAAAUCGAAUACUUCCCUUAUUUGCUGCACCAUUCGAAUCCGGGUACCCAGACCAUUGCUCAGUUUGCGAAAUUUGUGCCAUUCUUCCACAAAGAUGGAACUGAUCGUGUCGGUGGGGAAGUCGAUGGACAGGAGAUUCUACCAUCGGGUAGUUACACCGUGGAACGUGACAUCAAUGUGCGUCCAGGAGGAAAGCUGAUUCUCAACCCCGGGGUUAUUUUGAACUUCGCACCAAGUGUGGGAAUGAUGGUGACGGGGAAGUUGGAAGCCAGAGGACGGAAACCCGACGACAUCAUGUUCACGUUGAAGCGGGAAGCGGUGAUGAUGGAAAACGAUACCACGGAAGCUAUUAUGAUGGAUCCUGAAAUGAUGAUGGAUAUAGAAACCGAAUCAAUCGUCGAUUUGGGACCUGUGGAUCCUCUGAUUCCUAAGGUUCCAGUGAGGCUGGUUGGCGGUGUAAGUGACCACGAGGGAAGGUUACAGGUCUACACGGAAGGCCAGUGGGGAACGGUAUGCGACUAUGGUUGGACCAUAAUCAACGCAGCGCUGGUAUGUCAUCAGCUGGGACUGGCUCUCAAUCCUAAAGAUUGGAGAUUACAACGAUCGGAGGUUCCAGGAGCGGGUACUUCGGAAAAUGUUAUUCUUUCGAAUGUUCGUUGCACGGAGCAUGAUAUUGACAUUACGCAAUGUCGAGCGGAGAAGUCUUCACAAGGAGAUUUUGAGAACUCUUGCAGUCAUGAAAAUGACGUAGGCGUGAGGUGCUACGAAGGAGCUUGGGCAGGGCUGCGGUUUGGAGUAUUGUCCGAAAGAGCUGAUCUUCAGUAUGUAACAAUUGAAAAAGCUGGAUUGUUUGAUUAUAUGACCAAUAUGUUUAAGCCUGCACUUCAAAUGGAUCUGUCCCGGCAUAAUCUGGACAGUAUUCGAGUUGUCGAAAAUUUGCAGGAUGGCUUGGGAGUGAUUUACUCCGAUAUCUAUGCUGGAUCGGUAAACACCAUUAAGAAUUCCGAGUUCGCAGCGAAUCGUGGAAACGGCAUCAGCAUCAAACAGUUGGGCUUAAAGAUCCAUGGGAGCAUCAUCAAGGACAACAGAGCAUCAGGGAUCAACCACGAUGCGGUAAUAUCUGCUCUAGAGCAACGUGAAAUAACCAGUUGGUUCAACAUGGUACCAGAUUUUAAUGUAGAUGAUUCCGAUUAUAGACCGAUCAUGCUUCCGCGAGAUGCGCAGAACAUCGACAUCGACCAGUGGCAGGUCAAACACAUAAUAACACUUCCCGUUCAAGAUGAACCUGUUGAGAGAAUAAUUACGAUUCGUUGUCAGCCAGGCUACGUGAUCGGAAUUCAGCUGUUGAACCCUAUCGAGAACAGAUCAACGGAAAACAUCUGGAUCUAUGAUUCGUUAGCUGGAAGCUCUAGUUCAGACAUCUGGCAAGUCAAACGAGAUGUAUCGGUAUUUCCACUUACUACUAGUAGCUAUGGUGCCAUACUUCAGUACAAAAGUGGUCACAACGCGAUCGGAGGAGCAGUUCUAAUCCUGCGCUCCAUCCAAGCCCCAAUACAGAACAUCUAUAACCGAAUAGUUCGGGGACCGGUGCCAACUCUUCAAAUAACGUCUACCAAGAUUCAAAGGAAUUUCCGCGGCAUCACCGGAACUUAUUACAAUCGUUUUCUGGGAGAGCACAGUGAGCUUUAUCUCCGAAAGGCAAACGAAUCUAUCAAAUUGGUCAACUGUGAAAUCAGUCACAAUCGAGAGGAAGCCAUGUUCAUUAACUCCCCGUUUUGGGAUGUCCACGAGAGCAACAUCUCGGAGAUUACGAUCCACAUCAACAACAGUAUGAUCCGUGACAACGGUCGAGGAAUACGACAAUUUUCCAAAGAUCUGCGCUCGUCUAACAAUCUGUUCCACUACGUCCUGCAGGAUACAACCGUGGAAAGCAACUCCCUGGGUGGACUGGAACUGAGCCUACCGUACGUUUGGCAGUACAAUGAGAACUUUACUCAUUCGGUGUACUUGGGAAAUGAUACCUGGGUGCGCAAUCGGAAGUUUGGAAUCAUCAUCGAUGGUCAUUAUGCGGUAGUUAACGUUUCGUCGAACAUCUUCAUGGACAAUGUGUGCGCUCAUGGGUUGAUCGGGUUCAAAGGAAUGGAGAAGAAGAUGCGAAUUGAUAACAAUCGAAUCGUUAAAAACUCCGGGAAGUAUUUGAUUGAGUUCCGGUCGGACAGUCAGAGUGAAAUUCUAGGUGAGAUUCCGGCGAUAGUGGCUUUCAAUAACAUUGAGGGCAACGAAAAGGUGGUUUCGACGCGUUCGGAAAUGAGGAAUUUCAUACGAGGUGAUCGAGGGAAUGCCAAGGAUCCGACGUGUGUAAUCGGUUUCGGAGGUGUUCAGAAGGUGAGAAUCUAUCGGAAUGUAAUUUCGAACAACGAGCAGGAUUACGAUCUGAUCGCUGGAAUUAAAUCUGCAAGGCUGAAUAAUUUCCUGGACGUUCGGGAGAACUGGUGGGGAUCGCAAGACGAAGAGCACAUCAAGACGCGUAUUUUCGACUUUGACGAUUGGAAUAACCAUGCUGAGGCACAGUACAAACCGUAUCUGAUUGAGGAUAGUGUAGAUGGAAGUGUUUCGGUGGUUCAUUCGAAGAAUAAAUCCGUGGAUUUGGAUAACUUGGGUGGAAGAAUUUUCGAGGAUCUGUCUAUUUUCCGGCGAGACCAACCAUACGUAAUCAAGGCGGAUAUAACAAUAAUGCCUGGAGUUACGAUGAACAUUUACCCGGGAGUUGUGAUGGAGUUUGCGCCGAAUGUUGGUAUUUUGGCGUUGGGUACCUUGGUUGCUCGUGGUACACGUGACGGAGAAAUCAUCAUGAAACCUAUUCAAAGUGCUUCCGAGAAUUUGAAUCGUGUGGAACGAUCGUUGGAGAACAUGGUUAACUACGACUCUAUCCGACUGUGCGCUAACAGGAACUGUUCAGGAAGUGAUCAAGAGAACGACAGCAUUCGAGAAGGCUUCUUGGAGUACUAUAACCACACUACGCUUCAGUGGAUUCCGAUCUGCGAUCGCCGGUUUACGGAAAGAAAUGCACAGGUCGUAUGUCGGGAGCUUGGAUAUGACCCACUGGAUGUCUUUUUCGGACACGAUCGUCGGAUUGAGUUUCACACGAACUCGUUGACUCGCAUUUGGUCUUGGGUAGAACCAAUGGAAUGCCACGGUGAUGAAUUGCGUUUGGAAGAAUGCCCUGAGAGAUUGAACGGUCAACUGUAUGGACGGCGGCACGAAUGUCAGUGGGAUUCCGACUUUGUGUUCAUCAGCUGUAAUGGUGAACCAGAGGAAAGGAAUUACUGGGGAGGAGUUAGAUUUGCGAACCAGGACUUUGAAGCCAGUUUGUACGAGCAUAGAAUUCACGAUGCGGUAACUCAUUCAACUGCGAAGCCGGUGGAGAGUGUCAUGGAGUUUGUGAAGCUGGAUCGAGCAGGAAUGCUGCAUGGAGAGAAGUCGCCCUCGAUUCAAACUAUUUCCAAAAAUCCCAGCAUAAGCUUUGUGAGCAUCAGAAAUAGCGCACACCACGCAGUAAACCUUGUAUCGCCGAGUGAUGCGAUCCACCUGAACUACUUAUCGGUGUUCAAGGCACUGGGACAGGGCAUCAACGCAAUAUCGUUGACGGGAGAAGGCCGAGAGAGCGAUGAAUCGAGUUACAAUCCUUUGAAGGAUUUGGAUCUACCGUACAAUCUGUUCUCGAUGAUCGACAUCUGCGACACGAACAAGGAGAUUACGCUGGAAGAACGAGUUCUGGUGUAUUACAAGUACGACAAUAAUCCGGUUAAUUGUGUGAAGAUUUUCAAGAGCGCCUAUCGCGUGAAACCACUUGGUUUCCGACUGUUGCAGUCGAACCUGUUCAACCACUCCAAGGAAUAUGGUCGUAGGGAUAUGAUCCAGCUGAUGGAUGGUGAUAUCUACAACAUUUCUGCGAAGACGAUUGGAGUUAUCGACGCCGAUUCCGACAAUCAGAAGAAGCUUUUCCGGACUUUCGAGUCUGCGCUGAGCGUUCGACUGAUUGCCAGUGGAGCUCCGGCGAGACAUGGGUUCAUUGCUGAAGUUGUUACGUUGCCGAUAUCCGCCAUUGGAUUUAAUCGUGAUGCUCAGCACAACAUUUCGAAUUCGGAUAUUCAGGAAUGCGUCGGAGGUGGUCUGCAUUAUGUAACUGUAGGUGAGGUGUCACCAAUUCUAACGCUGGAAAGAAACAGGUUUAUUCGCAAUUGUCGGCAGCUAUAUGGUAACUUUUCGUCCUGUGAGGCUACAAUACGAGCAGAUGUGCAGAACAUGCAGUCGUUGCAUUUCAGAAAUAAUCUCAUCCAAGAAAACCAGGGAGGAUUAUCAAUCCGAGCAGAUUCCCGAGGAUCAGCAACAUCGCUUCGAGGGUGGAUUCACAAUAAUCUGUUCGUCAAAAAUCGAAACCGGCCGGCCCUCUAUGUGGAAGGCCGGCAGUCGUCUCCUUAUCAGGAAGUAACCGUUCACAACAACUACAUAACGCAAAACGAUGCUGCAUUCAAGGACGUGGUUGUGUUACGGCAGGUGGUUUCAAAUUUUAGCUACAACUAUGUGCACAGCAACAAGGGUGGUAGGAUCAUAGAGGUAUCCGGAUUUGAUAGGGUUCGUCUUCCGAUCUAUCAGACGACUUCACAUAAUGGAUUCUACGAUAACGUGGCAACGGAUUGGAGUGGAAGAGCAACGAUCGUGGCAGGAACAGCAGGUCAACACUACGUGGAUAACAUUUUCGCUAACCCGGAUAAUGACUACGAAAUGAUCACGGUGAAUCGUUCCAUAUUUGACUUCCAGUUCUGGAAUAGUACCCUGGACGUGUGGAAAACCAAAAUCGACGCAACCCUCAACUACUGGAGCUACAACGAAACCCUAGCCGUUGGAUCGCGUAUUCGCGAUCGCUUCGAUGACCCCCAACUGCUGGAAGUCCAGUACCUACCGCUGCACAUGAACAACCUAACGGUCCUGAAUGGGAAAUGUCCACCAGGUUGGACCUUACUGAUCGAUACCUGCUACAUGUACGUUGGUGCUCCGAUGAGUUUCCGCGAGGCUCGUGACUUCUGCCGUUCGGAUAAUGCUUCGCUGCCGUUCAUCCACGGAGACUACAAUGCACUGUGGUUCUUCCUGGAGCAACAGUCCCGCUAUCUGCGCUCGGCCGAAAAGGUUUGGGUUCAAGAUCCCAACUACAUCGAUCAGUGCACUUCGUUCAUUUAUCGGAACGUGGAGAUCGAGGAGUGCUACGAACGGCAUGCGUUCCUGUGUGAAAUCGAUCCUAAGGUGGAAAUUGAUCCUCUGUUCUGGAAGGCGGAUGCCGUAGCGAUUGGAAUGAUUUCAGCGUUGGUAUUCGUGCUAAUGCUGCUAUGUUGUCUUUGUGUGUGCUGGGUUUACAAAUCGCGCUACCGACAAACGCAAAGGUUGCAGCGGCGGAACAGUAUUCGGCAGAGCUUACGUAGCCUCAACAGUAUCGAUCCUCAGGGAUCGAUUCGUAGGAGAAAUUUCGUUGUCUCUCGCUCAACGGACACACUGAAGUCGGUCACCACUGGAACUACAGACUACAAAAAGAUGGCCUCCAAUGGUUCAAUUGAAUCCGUUGACAAGAGUGUCCUCAGCUCGGAGACCAACUACGACAUGUACGAUAAGCAGCAGUACAGCAACGAAUACACGGAUCAACUGAAGAGCCAAAUGGGAUACUCUGAUGGCACUACCAACGGAACAGCCGAUUUCAUGCAGCAUUCUGGCGACAGUCCGCCCCGAACCAAGGUUUACGGCCUGCCCGACUACAGUUCCCAUGGAGGAAGCACCGCUUUCGAACUUGCAUUUAGAAACGAGGGUUUCCGAGAUAACUCUACCACUUACUCAGGGGUUACCAGGAACAAUUCCAUCAACACAGCCAUCAACGAGGAUACGCCUAUCAUACAUCAUCAGGGUGACAACGACGAAAAUGGACCAGAUUUCUACGGCAAUUCAAGUACUUUACCGAUGCGAAUCAAAGGUGACAAUCUGUCGUUCCUAAAUGAACUCAAAAAUCGCCUACCAGAAUAUGAACCACUGCCCUCCAAUGGACACAGUAGUUUUCUACCAGCUCCUCCAGAGCCACCCUCAACCAACGCAUCACAGCUAAGCGCUAGUACACUGCCAUACGAUCAGAAGAUCGAUCGCCUAAACUUCAGUUCGCCUCACGAGUACCAACAGCCGUCGAUUCAGGUUCGAAGGCCAGAACCAUCAACGCCCAGCAUCGACGCUCGGGAGAUUCGACGUCCCGAUUCGUACAUGAGGGCGGUCAAAAAAUACGCCACUCCGGGACGUGAGCGGGAAUCCAUCAUCCCUCCGCCACGUGUCGACAGCAACGGCAGCCGUAGACCAAAGACUGUUUACGAGGCGUCCGCUGAACAGGAACAGCAACGCACCGCUCCACAACGGAGCAAUUACGCCAGGUCCCGUUCCGAGGCCCUGCUCGAAACUAACUUUGACGAAGCAUUGCCACCGAUGACGGACAUGCUCAGUUCGGAUAGUCGCAGCUAUUCCCAACCACUCGAGACUGCUAUGUAAGAAAUCGAAAAUUAAAAAAAAAAAUCACGCUAAAAUGUACAGAGAAAGAUUUAUACGUAUAGAAACAAUUACAUAAAAUCGAAUCCAUCGAAUAGAAAAGUUUACAUUAAAUUUCGUUCUAGUUGAGUCGAUUUCGAUCGAAGCUUCCACAGCGGAAGCUUUGCAGCGUUGAAGCAUAAAAAAUAGAAACGGUUAGGACUAUAGUAUGGUGAGCUUUUCUCAGCGAAAGCACUAUUGAGGUGGAAAGCUGCCCAGCAUGAAACCGAAAACCGGGAGGUGUAUCCGUACUCUGAUGUGCAUUAGUCGAACUCAAGUGUCUUUGCUUGCUUUAGCAUUCCAUAUACAUAAGUACUUGUACAUACCUAUGGCAUGAAGGAGUCAGUGAAAGCGAAACGAAACGAACCAGGCACAAUAUGUGAUCGCCGUCGUGAUAGCGUAACAUACGUCUAUGUAAUGUUGUAGGAAUAUUGUACUAUCGAUAAGAUUAUGCGCGAGUUAUUUACAAAUAGGAAAAAGUCAGCAGCUCACAUCACAAUCGAAUCAACUCAUGUGGUCGGCGCAAACAAAACAGCUUUGUAAUUUUCAGACGGUUUUUAUAUGUUUUAUACCUAGCUACUAUAUGGCAGUAGAUCGAAGGAAUGUGUCUGAAACAUGUGCAAGUCGUGAUAGCAUAUCGAUCAUUUUGUAUUUUCUAAACAGGGAACUGCCUCCCUUAAAUCCAUUUGUACAAUCAAAACUGAAUCAACGUGUUUAUGCAUGGAUACGGAGGUAAUACCACCUUUCAGAACAAAAAAAGACGAUAAUCAAAUGUAGGUGAUAUCAAAUUCAAUCUGUUAUCGUUGAAGUCGCUUAGAGUUUAUUUCCAUAUAUUUUAGCAGUUUAGAACGAUAGCUUUGUGUUGUACCGUCCAAUGAAAAAGUAGUGUAUUUAUUUUUCGUUUAUGUAUCCAGUUAUUAUACAUGAAUGGCAAACGAUGUAAAAUAAUAUAAUUCGAGACACAAAAUGUAUUGUUAAGUUGUUAGACUAUGUACGAGAAAGAUGCGCAAUAAAUUGUAAUACUUAAAAAAA